CAGAGCUGCUGAGGAGACUGUCUUCUCCCGGUCACCAUGUCCCCUGAGACCGCUGCAGGGGAUUCUAGCGGUGCCCUGACAGACCCAGCGGAGCCUGGAGCGUGUUACACACUGGCCUGAAUCCCCAAGAAAGCUGCUAUGGCAGAGCGGGACCGAGAGGCCCCCGCACGAUGCUGUUCCUACCACACAGUGCAGAGGUGGUUCCCUGUCCUCAGGUGGCUGCCCCAGUAUUCUCUAGGGUGGCUGCAGCUCGAUCUCCUUGCUGGCGUGACCGUGGGCCUGACGGUCGUGCCGCAAGCGCUGGCCUAUGCCGAGGUGGCCGGCCUGCCAGUUCAGUACGGUCUCUAUUCCUCCUUCAUGGGCUGCUUUGUCUACUGCCUGCUGGGGACCUCAAAAGAUGUGACGCUGGGUCCAACGGCCAUUAUGUCGCUGCUGGUCUCUUCCUAUGCGUUCCAUGACCCUGCCUAUGCCAUCCUGCUGACCUUCCUGUCAGGCUGUAUCCAGCUAGCCAUGGGUCUCCUGCACCUCGGUUUCCUACUGGACUUCGUUUCCUGCCCCGUCAUUAAAGGGUUUACCUCGGCCGCUUCGGUCACCAUUAGCUUCAACCAGGUCAAGAACAUCCUGGGGCUGCACAACAUCCCACGACAGUUUUUCCUGCAGGUGUAUCACACCUUCCAAAGAAUCGGGGAGACCAGGGCCGGGGAUGCUCUCUUGGGGCUGGUCUGCCUGGCCGUGCUUGUGGGGCUCAGGGCGAUGAAAGGCCACUUCCCCAGGAUCCAUCGGGUGGAGCUGUUGUCCAUCAGGAUCAGUCGUCUUAUCGUCUGGGCCACAGCAACAGCUCGCAAUGCACUCGUGGUCCUGUUUGCUGGCCUGGUCGCCUACUCCUUCCAGGUGAUGGGCUCCCAGCCGUUCACCCUCACUGGGGAGACGCCCCGGGGGCUCCCUCCCUUCCAGCUGCCACCUUUCUCCAAGGCCGAAGCCAACAGCACUGUGCCCUUCAGCGAGAUGGUGCAGGACCUGGGAGCUGGACUGGCUGUGGUGCCGCUCAUGGGCUUGCUGGAGACGGUCGCUAUUGCCAAGGCCUUCGCCUCGCAGAACAAUUACAGAAUUGACCCCAAUCAGGAGCUGCUGGCGAUGGGCCUCACCAACCUCCUGGGCUCCUUCGUCUCCUCCUACCCUGUCACCGGCAGCUUUGGGCGGACAGCGGUGAAUGCACAGACGGGCGUGUGCACCCCGGCAGGGGGGCUGAUAACAGGGACCCUGGUCCUGCUCUCCCUGGCCUACCUGACCUCGCUCUUCUAUUACAUUCCCAAAGCGGCUCUGGCUGCUGUGAUCAUUUGCGCCGUGGCCCCGAUGUUUGACGCCAGGAUCUUCAGAACACUGUGGCGGGUUAAAAGGCUGGACCUUGUGCCGCUGUGUGUGACGUUCCUGCUCUGCUUCUGGGAGGUUCAGUACGGCAUCGUGGCCGGCAUUCUGGUCUCUGGCGUUCUCCUGCUCUACACCAUUGCCAGGCCCAGGAUCAAGCUGUCAGAGCACGGGGUGCUUCUCAUGCAGCCUGCGAGCGGUCUGCAUUUCCCCGCUGUUGAGUCCCUCCGAGAUGCCAUGCACAGAUGGGCUCUGGCAGUGUCUCCACCACGCUGCGUCAUCCUGGACUGCACCCACGUCAGCAGCCUGGAUUAUACCGUGGUGAUGGGGUUGGCAGACCUGCUGCAGGAGUUCCAGAAAAGGGGCGUCACCCUGACCUUCUCUGGCUUGCAGGGCCACGUUCUCCAAGUCUUGCUGUCUGCAGAUCUGGAGGGAUUCCAACAUUUCCCCAGCGUGGAGGAGGCGGAGAAGGGCCACGGCGCAGAGCUGGAUGGCAGGUGCCGCGUCCUGCUUCACGGCGCCAGCGGGAACAUGCUGCCAGCGUCCGGGCUCAUCCAGUGAGGAUCGGCAGCCUCUGCCCGUUUGCCCGCCCAGGUGGCGGAGGGUCUCCUUGCCUGGGACUGGCACCUCCUGGAUGCUCUGGACACGUGCCACCCCCUCACCCCUGCCCUGGGUAGUUCCGAGUGCACUUUAGGGUAAUACAGCCGUGGUGAUGCUAUCUGGGGAGGGGACGAACACCUGGUCUCGCCCCUUUGGGCUUGUUUCUCCAUUGCUGUGUCCCGGGGAGCACUGAGCCAUCUGUCAUUGUAGGAGCUGGUUGCUAGCUGGUGGUGGGAAGCUUACUGUUUCCGGGGAUAGCACUGCCCCCCCAGGGGAAGGGGACAUUGCCUUCCAGGGCCCCUUGUACCCUCCUUGGUUUAUGUUUCCACUGAAUCGCCCUGGCUUUUGGGGAAGGUGGUGGCGGCAGCGGGAUGGGGUGGAGGGUGUCUGAAUAUCAGGGGACAAUCGGAGCAGGAACGGGCAAUGGAGAAUCCAGCCAAGCCCUCGACGGUCUAUGCAGGCUGCCUGGAGAGUACAGGCAUUACAGAUGCUGGGCCAGAUUGAGACCUGUCGAGUCUGGCUGGGCUCUCUGGCCAGAGCUGAUCUCGGGGGCUUAGUGAGGGCUCUAGCACUUUAGUGACAUUAUGGACAAGGGAAUGAUAGUCCAGAAAGGGAAUUAUGGGCUGACAUGGUCUGCAAAGGGGUGGAGGGAACGCAGCAGUGUCUGGGUGGGAGAACUGGGCUUUGGAGGAGGUGCUUGGGGGGGCACCAGGACUCAGAUUCCUCAGUUUAAAGGUACCUUUUAGCUGUUACCAGCAAUAGGAAACAAACUGCCCCCUCCCCACCCCCAUGCACUGCACCCUCUGCAGUGCUCAUCACACCUCCUGGCUGAUAUCACACUCCCACACCACCCUGGUUCCAGACACAACUCCGCACAUUCCCGAGUCCACAGGCAUUUCACACCGGAUCGCCCCAAGGUCUGUCCAGACGAGCAUCCCGGCUCCAGCAGUGGCCAGUACCAGAUGCUUCAGAGGAAGGUGUGAGAAAUCCUGCAGUAGGAAGAUGUGGGAUAAUCUGCCUCCCUUUGAAAAUCUCCUGACUCCCGCUGGAGGUUAGCUGGUGGAGGUUCUCUUCCCAAACUCUGCUUUUAGUAUUUAUUAUUACAAUCCUGCAUCUUGUUGUUGUUCAUAUCAAUGUCCAAUGCCCCUUUGACUUACAGCCUUUCCCUAUUAAUGGAGUUUCAAGGAUACAGUAGCUGUCCUCUGUGACCAAGGACAAGUCUCUCAGCUCUAGGAAUCGGGGUGAUACCUGUUCAUGCCACUGGGAGAGGGAGAGUUUUGAGAAUUUCAUUUGUAACCUAGACCUCUUGGUUUAGGAUUUUUCUAUAAAGCUGCCGCAUUCAGCCCGCCGGCAUUGGGGCUGAGCUGGGACGCUGGUAUGCUGCACUAGCGCGGCUUUGAAGCUAUCUAGUGCUUCAGAAUCUGAUUUCCUUUGAAAAGAAGCAAGUCUCUAGCUGCUAUGGUUGGGGGAAAACCUCAUGUUAAUUUCACAUUUGUAACUGAGUCUGCAAAGAGCCUGGAACACUAGCUCGGAGAGGUGAACUGCUCUGCUCAGCCGGGAGGAAAAUUUAAAUGUCCCCAUUGUUAACUAUUCCAGUCCCUGUGUAAGGAAGGAGGUGGAGGGGCACCGCUCUGCACAAUGCUCUGGGGGUGAAAUGUGGUGCAUUGGGGAGAGUCUGUCACUUCUUAUUGUUCUUCCCCAGUCCAGAACAAGCCAAGCCCAAGGAGCCUCUGGGCACAUACAAGCCGGAGGAGCCCAGUUGACAUUUUAAAUGUUCACACAAUCUGCUGUGCAUGCUGUCUCAUUCUGGCCUCUCACAGGGGUGCAGCUUUCCCUCCCUUUCCCAGCCUGCAGCCAGCCCAAGUGCUGCUGACUUGGGUCUGAAGGACAAUGGAGCUAUGGGGGAGAGGAGGGAUGGGAUGGCUUUAGUUUUGCACAGCUGAAGUUGCUUCCUCCUGCCCCGGGUCCUGAUUGGGUGCAGCUGCCCCCGUGAAAUACACAUUAUGCAAUGAAAACAGUUACACCCUGGCCGGGUGCACAAUCCUCCUUCCCUCUCAGCUGAACUCCCUCUGUCCCCCCCAUGCCCCUCUCCUCCCCAUUUCAAAAGAAAAGUCGUUAAGCCAGGGAUAAGUCUAGCGCUUUACUCCAGUAUCCAUCAAGGAGGUCUGUACCAGCUAUGGUUGCCCCAGGGCAGAUCUGUUCCUGUGCCAGACUUGGCUACAGUCUCUGGGGCACCGACCUCUCUGCCUCUGGCUACCGUAGAGUGUGGCUGGAGAGGGGGCAGCUGGACUAUUUUGCUGCUGUGCAGUUCAAAACUUUUAUUAUACACUGACCCGUCUCUGGACGCUCACCUGAUUCCCCCUCCUACCUGGCACCCGGUGCUGUCAUUGGCACUUGUGCAAAGCAGGUGUGCGAUGCCGCCGAAUCAGAAUUCUCCACUCAAACCAGCAGUUGCAUGUGCUGUGCCAUGGAUCAGUUGUAAAUUACAAAACUCAGCAGUGGGGAGUCAGGCGCACUGCUUACAGAGGAUGAAACCUUUCGGAACUAGCAUCUGCUCUGCUCGUCCUUUACGGAGGGCGUGUUUCCAAGGGGAGCGCUCUGUACCAGGAACAGUAAAACUGUGCGAUUACCAGUGA